CCAGUACCAACUUUAAUCGACCACGUUCGAGUCGAACGUGUCAUUGUCAUUUUAUUCAUUUUACGUGUGGCCGUGGCGCCUAGGUCAACGACCACGGUACAGAAGACUUUUUUGAUGUUUGGAAUUUUGAGGCUAAGAAAUUUUGUCGGCACCGCAUCGAUUACCACUCGGGUCGGCGAACGCAAGGAGGAGGUGGAACCCGGGGCAACCACUUCCGUCCACUCCCCACGCCCCAAAUUAAUAUGAGCUGCCCACGCGGCAGUUGCCCGACGUUCCUGCUGGGAACCACGGGCAGUUUCCUGGUUCGGGAGGUAGCGACAUAUAAUUCCGAGGACCGACUUGAGGAGGCACAGCAGGGGGAGCCGGAAGUGGGAACCGAAGGCGUAGUCGCAGGAGGCACUGCAAGAUCUACUGCCGUUGGUGGCGGAGGAUUACAGCAGGGCUCGUCGUCCAACUUCGCAUCGUCCUCAUCUUCCCGAUAUCCAAUGCAAAUAGAUUUGGGUCUGGACGAAACUUGUGAUGCAAAUUAAUGAAUGAUGGGCCGCGCACUGCGAUACGCAGCCAAGCAUGACAUAUGUGUUUCGUUUUGCGCAUGACAUAAACAGACUGUUGCGGUUUGCGCAUGACAAACUGCGUUUUUGCAUGACGGGCAGGGGCUUUUUUCAUGUAUCACAGAGUCAAGUACAAGUAGACGCAGACGCAUGCCAGCCGAGCAUGAGAAACUUGCAGUCUUCCAGGCCCAGGUAUAUUUGCAAUGGAUACCCGACGCAGCGAACUGGGGGAGAAACCAGAAGUAGAACUUGGUGUAGCACCAGGAGCAAGCGAGGGGGACAUAGAUAGCGUCAAAGCACGAGGACCACUCGCCAGCGAGGGCACCAGAGAUCGCAUUCAGGAGCUGCGUGAAGAUGUUUAUUCCGGUGUUUAUUCCAUCGACGCCCGAGCUGACUCAGACUCUCUAAGUGUAGCGACGUCCAGCUUCAUCGAAGCAGAAGAUUAUUCUGCAGAUGAAACGACCUCCUCUGCAGCGCCGUCAAGCGGACCAGGAAAGAAUGUUGGCAGUGUGUCGAGAAGUCGUGCUAGUACAAUAAGGACGGACGACGUGGAGGAGGAUCAUGAGGACAUCAGAACGGAAACCUCAACCUUCCUGGAAAAUAAUCAACCAAGUGGUCGAACAACUCCGUCCUGGGCGGAGCUGAAGAGCUCGCUCGAAGGACUAGAAGGCACGGAUGUGACAGAUGUGAGUAGUCCAACAGCCUCAAGGUCCAGAGGAGCAGGAGCUCCAGGAGCGGCCUCAACUACGAGCUCGUCGAGCAGUCAAAGCUCGGCAAAAUCUUCGUUAAGAUCACCUUCCUCAGCUGCGCGUAAGCCUUGUACUAAGAGCUUCUAUUGUGUAUUCGUUCUAUGUAGACUCGAUUUUUUUUGUUUUCGUUAUUGCAUUUGAUUAUAUUUUACGCCGCCGCUCCCACCUAGAUAAAAGCGAAAACACCUCCCAUACUGUUGCUCCAACAGAUCCCCAUCUGCGUGGCGCAACGAAGCACUAUAACGCUGUGGAGGACCACCACGACGACGAGAGUAUUGGGUACGAAAACAACGAGAAUGAUGUUGACGGAAUUUCUACCGGGAGCUCGCACGGCUCCGCUGCUUCUACGUCGUCCUUUACGGAAAGAGAGGGGGAAGAAGAAGCUGCAGAAUCUGGCAGAACCGGCUCGGACUCUGCGAGAUCUUAUCACCGAGAAAUCUUCUUAAAAAUGAGUAGCGCUACUAGCGAGCUAUAGUGGUUAUGGUGCCAUGAUGAAUUCCUACGUUGUUUAUAAUGUUCUGCUGUCUACUACUACUACUUUAACUUUCCCGUUAUCUUCAUGCCAUUCAGUAAAUCUAGACAAGCUCCCUCUAUGGGGAUUUGCCAAGCACUCUGUAACUGUGGAUUUUUAGUUUUGCUGUGUUGCACCACAAUUCUCCUAAGCGGACAAUUGCAUCAUUAACAACCUUCUGGGUGAUAGAAAAUCUAGCAGGUCAAGCGGGAGAGUGAGCACGAGAAAAAGCUCCAGAAGUUCUGCUGAAACGACUACAACGGCGAUCGGAAAUGCGCAGAACGGCUUGCAGAACUUAUCGCGAGUAAAAACGUACCUGCUCCCAGUCCCACGCCCACCCGAGUUGGGUUUUUGAUGCAGAUUACUUGCAUUUACAACAUAGAAUUACAGUAGCGGGAAGAACGGUUGUGACGCUAAUUCACCUCAUCUUCCUCCCUACGAGACGAGGCGUUUGCAUUUCUCAGCGUGGUAUCUUCUCGGACAAAAAAUGUGUAAUGCUGUAAAUAAGAUAAGCACACCGCUUUGUGAUGUGGCUGCGGUUGCUAGGUAAUCGGCACCACGCGCCGGCUACCACGGACGGAAGUUUGUCAUGCGUGCGCUGGAAUAGCAAAACUCCAGGACUUUGUGUCCGACUUGACCGUGGGCGAGUGGGUACGUCUUUCCACAGGAUGGAAUUUCAUGAAGGACAUUCAAGCGACAACGUUGGAGCGAAUCAUGAAACAGGAUGGCGAUCCCGAGGCGCAGGCGCGCAUAGACUCCUUGCAAAAGACACUGCAGCCAGUAUAGUCUCUUGAUGUAGUCUGGCCACAGGAGCACGGCGAUCUCCAUUAAGAACUUCAAAUUUGUGAUGUGUAGCAACGACCUAAGUAGUUUUACUUCACAACAAGAUCCGGUCAAUUAGACCGGGACUUUUCAUAUUUCAAAGAGCCUAAGGCAGUUCGUUGAUGAUAUUGAGACACAGAACAAUGCAAACUGUCAACAUUUGCCUCACUACACACGACGAUCGCACAGGUUGCUGCGUCCCUUAUCGCUUUACGGCGCGGGACCAGCGGCGAUACCGGCGCGCAGUCGAACGGCUUGACCUCGGUCCUGGCUACCGGGGUCCGAAACCAAUUUUUGUCUGGCCGGUUUAUGCCCACUCCGCAGAGAGAUACGCACGUGCACGUCGUGUUCGAUAAGAGUCCAGCGAACAUGGACGCUGUGCAGCCAGUGUUCGUGGAUCCGGCCAACCCAGGGCAGCUACAGAUUGGAGACGUUCCGGACAAUAAAAACGUGAACCUGCCCACCGAGAUCCAACUGCAGGAGGGCAUCAUCACGCACACCAACCUCCCGCAGCCGGAACCCUCGCUGCCAAACCAGCAAGUGUCGGCCGUGUAUGCGCUCGUGUCGUUUGGGGACGGCUUCAAAGUGACGGCGUGGAACGCGAAAUCGGGAAAGCCGGAGCAAUAUCAACUGCAAAAAUGUAUUCUGGGUCUGGAAGAUUGCACCUUGUCAUGCUGUUUUUGGAUUCUAGAAAAGUUUGUCUUGCAUGACCAGCAAGAGGGGCACACUUUGUGCUACACGGACAGGGCAUUUCUCAUGCGGAAGGUGCAUCAGGAAGCCCUCUAAAAAUCGGCGAUGCUAGGUCAUGCAUUACAGGCAUCAUGGGUCAUGAAAAAUAUGCAUGACAAAUCUUUAAUCUUGCAUCCAUCCAGACCCAGACAUUUUUGCAUUUGAUAAGCAAACGAACCUGUUUAAGAUCCACUCCAAUUACCUCUCGGUUUUUCCGAAACUCAACGACUUCGUGACCAACACCGACGUGCUGGUAACCGAGAAUGGAAAGCAGAGCUACCAGCCGGGGACGAUUUUCCUCGUUCGCAAAGUUGAGCGGCUCACGUCGACUGGUACAACGUCGAAGACCGUGGGGCGGAAGCAGAUCACGUGGUCGCUGUUGCCGCUUCCAGACAUGACCGAGGCGCUCGAUCAGAGCGGAAGGGAUGUUAUCAGACAGAAAAGUACGCGGCCCGGGCUGGUACGGGGGAACAAAAAGCUGUGUUGCAACUUACACUCCGAAAAUAAAACCUCUGUAAUGCAUGCGGAACAAACUACCACCUCCACAGGAGUAACUGUAAUGCGCGGAGUUUUGUGUCAUUCAAGCUGCAUCUCAAAAAUUAGCGAGAUACCGAAAAUAGAGAUGUCAUGCUGAUAACAACCGAAGAAAGUUUUUCGUGGCACUUCUGAAAAGAAACCUGUAUUUAUUAUCCUGAAUUUAGUUACUGGUAAAAGGGUGUACUUUUCUGUAGAAUAGUAUCGCCAGAAAGAACUGUCUCAGACUCAGUCUCAAACCGUUGCAGACUCACACUCAGCAAUAAACGCAGAAAACUACCUGUGAUGCGUCAGACACAACAAGGGAGAACACAUAAACAUAUAGAGGACGACUUUCCUGCAUGCCGAGCAUGACAAAAAGCUGUUUCAAGAAAGUUCCGCAUUAGAAGUUGAUACCGGGACAGUUUUUUCGCACGAUAAACAGAUGUCGGACCCAAGUGGACGAGUCCGGCGUUGGAGAGCGAUUUUGCAGUUAUUUGUAAAUUAUCAAAUGUAAAAAAAAAAUGUCUGGGUCUGGAAGGUUGGAACUUGUGAUGCUAACUUUGGAUGCUAAAAAAAUCUGUAUUGCAUGACCAGCAAGAGGAGCCCAGUUUGUGUUACGCGGGGAGGGCAUUUGUCAUGCGGGAGAGGCAUCAGGAAGGCCUCUAAAAAUAUGUGAUGCUAGAUCAUGCAUUACAGACAUCCUGACUCAUGCAAAAUAUGCAUGACAAACCUUGUAACCUUCCAGACCCAGACAUUUUUACAUUUGAUAUAAAUCCGCAAAGCAAUUGCGGGUGCUGGGCAACCCGGUGGAGUAUCACUUGCAGUACAAGGACGCCCCCCAGAGUUCCGCACAACAACAGCCGGUGCUCGAUGUCCGCGUCUUUAGUAAGACCGAGCUCGACAAAACCUUUGCAAAUAAAGGCAACGAGCUGCAAUUCGCAACACGAAACCUGCUGCCCACGCCGUACACAUUAAGAUGGAAGACGAACAUGUCGGCAACUACGAUCUGGCAAGCGGCUUUGCAAGAGAACAGAGCAGUGGACCUGCGAAAGAUGCUCCAAAGCGCCGGAGGAUUCAGUAAUCUGUUCCAACUGGAGCUUGACCGGGAUUUGUUGCAGAAAAUGCAAGCAGCGUUUCUGAAUGGCGUUGUGCCCACAGUAGUCGCAUGGGUGAAAAAAAACCUAGUCAUCGCAGGCGGAGGCAAAGACAUGAGUAAGGAGGAGAAAGAAAAGGAAAGCGAAGUGCUGGCGGGAGUGGCCGGUGAAUACCUGAAGCGGCAACUGUAUGGAAGUGUCAGAAUCGAAAUUGACAAUAUCGAAAUAAUUUGUCAUGACACGGACAGAGUCCCGAAAGCACGACACGGACAGAGCGCAACAAAAACCUGGAUCUCCGAAAUCAACCGAGAAUUGAUCAAAAGACGAUCCACACCAGCGGACUGCUUAAGCAAAGAGCUUUGGAGACAAAUAGUAUCUGGGAACAGCUAUGGCACAGUAAAGCAAACAGCAUCAACUUCUUCUACAUCUUCCUUCACCAACAGCAACAGCAUUGAAAAUAAUCUCCCAAUCCAGGCGAUCAUGAGACUGAGAGGUCGAAAAAGGGAAUUCUAAGGCGAUAACGUCGAACAGAAUACAUUCAUCAAUUUGUCAUGCAUAAAAUGGAUUCCAGUCCGAACCCAGUUUCUAAGUGGCGCAUCACAAAUUCUGCUGGUACCUGAAUCCAGUUUGUAAUGCUGUCUAGGCAAAGAAGACUGUCUUUCUCAUGCUGCUUUAGCAGCUCGAGCUAUAGCCCCAAACAGGCUUACAAUCGGCCUCGCUUGCCUGCUCUGCAACACACGUAUCUCGCGUCAUGCAUUUUAUGCAUCACAAAUUUUUCGAUUUGGAUUUUGUCAAUUUCGAUCCUGACAGUUCCAUAAACUGCGCACGUUUUUCCCGAUGUUUUUACCGGAUGGUACGUAUCACACAGAAAAAAACUGGCAGGUCAUAUUUGUAAUGCAAAAAUAAACUGACAAAAAAAAAUAAAUUUGUAUUGCAUAUCCUAAAUAGCAUGCUAAGAGGCCGCCCAUGACAGAUUUUUCUGUGUAUUUAUUUUUGCAUUACAAAUAUGCCCUGCCAGCUUUUUUCUGUGGGAUAGUACGCAGCCGCAGGUAAUAAAACCAGUGUCCGCGCAAGACCGGCUCGCGGUUUACCCGCUCCAGCACACGUUCGCCCUGGCGCCGCGGGCAAAAUCUGCGGGUAUGAAGAACCUGGUGGCCACCGUGGCUGGAGUGAUUUCAAACGCGGGGCACGUGGCGGGCUCCAAGUACUCCUUGCAAAUCAUGCGUUUGGAAGGUCUGGAUGUGUGGGGUGGCGGUUGGAAGCAGCAGCUGCUCCUACACAAAUCUACUCAAUCUUGCAAAAAUUAAGUACUUACUGCAUUUCCAUUUGUGUGAGCAGCAGGAAGGUUUAUUUCUGUUGUGCUGGAACAAAGCAGUUCCAGUUCGUCUUCGUCAUGCCAAACAGCAGGGUUCGGAAUUUGCAAUAUGUACUUAAGACCCGAAGGAACAAAUUGUCAUGCUUGCAUGCCGUAUACGUAUUAACGCCGGCGCCGGCCAGGCUUGUAGCGCAAAUUGCCAUGUCGCGCAAGACACAGCAUGACAAGUCACGUGUUUUUUAUGUUCUCCUGUUCAGACCGAGACCGAGACCUCCCAGACGCUGUAUUUGCAUGCGAUACCAAGAACAAAAAAGCUCAAGCGCAGCAGAACAAGGAGAUGAGCAACGGGCUGCGGAUGUUUUUUAAUCUGAUGGACAUGGAGCACACGAUAUGCAAUACAAAUUUAAUUAGCAUACCCCCGUAGUGCCACGCAUAACUACGCAUACAAAAUGCAUCAAACACGAUUGUGUGUCCACCCUGCAGCACGUGACUUGUCAAGCUGAACAAGGACGCGAAAAAACAGCUUUGUCAUGCGCUGUUCGCACUAUCUGUGUGUGUAGUACGGGAAGUCCAAAUUUCCUUUGGAUGCACGAAUCCCAUCGACGUUCUGGUUCCCCUCGUUUUGCAGGCUUUUAUAUCGCGAGAAAAAACUACUGUCUCAGGCUCAAACUACCUUUGCAGUCUCAGCAUUUUCACAAAUUUUAGAAAACACACAAAAUGCCCUUCGAUGAGUCAGACGCAAGAAGAGGAAACAUUUUCAAAACAAGGCCUGCCUGCUGGUGUUGCAUGUAAUUAUCGUCGAGGAGCUUCAUCUACACAAGUUGAGUCAGAGACAGUUUUUUGUUGCGAUAUUUUGAGUUCAUGGGGAAGAUGAACCAACCGAAAAAAACCGACGCAACCUCUAUGGCAGUCUCAGCUCAAAACAACCUGGACUGGAACAAGAAAUGGUGAUGCAAUACUAGAUGGCGGAUACCCUUUUUAAUCUGUGCACACUAUAUCGGUCCCUAGCACCAUGAUGACAAAUGUAUGAAUCUACACCUACACUCCGCGGCAUUUUUGCAAUUCGUACCAAAAAACUGUCAUUAUGCGCCGGAGCAGCUGCAAGGACACUAGUUGCUCUUUGAUUUUGCCCUUUGCGCAAAAGACGGUACAAAAUUGGGCUUUUACAUUGUUCCGGUUGAGAUGAUUGUUCCAGCUGAGCGGGCCAUAUCCCCUUCUUUCGUGGAGCAAGAGCUUGUUAUGGGGGAGGUACUUAGAAAGUUCACGAUGGAAAUUUUUUACGACGCUCUUUGCAUCAAUAGCUUUGUUGAUCUUGAUGUGCCUUGAUGUUGUUGAUGAUAGUAAGGUAGCCCCCGGCUCUGUCUGAUAGCAAGAGAACAGAGACACUCGUAUCAUCGACUUCGUAAGUGACGGUCGUGAAGACCACCACUAGUAAGAACGUAAGCGCAAUACGCUAAAUAUCCAGGGCCGUCAUCGGGUCGACGAAGAGGAUGCAGGCUUUGUUCUUAACGGUGCGAACGCUGAUGCUACGAAUUCCACAUUAGAUUUUUCAGUACAACAUCAAGGAGAAUUCGGUGCCGAGAGGACAGCAGGGGCUGGGGGAUCUCCACUUUCGGAACACGCAACGAUCGCAGAAGCCACCAGUGUCCUGCUGCAGGAGCUGGAGGUAGCGCGGCGGGACGACGAGGAUAGGUCGCAGACCAUGGACACCAGCGGCAGCCUCGAAGGGGCGUCAAGGGUUGUAGCUGCUGGUGGUAGUAGUACUGAAGAUGCAAAGUGGAGGUCCAGUUCUAGUAGUACGACAGGAGAGCAGGAGGACUAUUCAACAACUACAACAUCUUUGGCACAGCUGGGACAAACGACUACGCAGCAAGCGGCCGUUCCGGUCCAGCUACAGACGGGCACCGCGGGCAAGUCCUUCUUGCUGAAUAAAACGGCGGCCGCGCUGCAAAAGUUUAUCGCAAAUCUUUUGCAACUGCUGCAGGCGAUGCUGCAGACGUACGCGAAAGACGGUGGCCAGUUGUACGACAUACUGAAGGAUGAUCAGAAACGCUUAAAGCAACCACCUAAUCGCGGGAUGACAGCGGGGGUCUCGCGGGCUGAAGUCGUGGAGAACUUGCAGCAAACUUCGGAGUAUGGAUUGCAAAAGUAUUGUAGUUGUACUAGUAUUGCAGUACAGCACUACAACUAGCUACGUCUAUCUUCGAGCACUAAUUUUCUGUUUGUUCCUCGUAUUGGAUAGAUUUCAAUUUCAAUUUCAAUUUAUGAGCAUGUAAUGCAAUAAUUCAUCGUAUUGGAACUUUUAGUACAGCGAUAGUACUUUUGCAGUGCAUACGACGGCCGUCGACAGCGCGCGCAAGGUAUCAAACGCAAAUAUGUCUGGGUCUGGAAGCUUGCAACUUGUCAUGCUGUUUUUGGAGUCUAAAAAAAUUUGUGUUGCAUGAGGAGCAAGAGUGGUCCAGAUUGUGCUACACGGACAGGGCAUUUCUCAUGCGGGAGGCGCAUUAGGAAGGUUUCUAAAAAUCCGUAAUGCUAGGGCAUACAACAUCACAGACUAUCAUGGGUCAUGAAAAAUAUGCAUGACAAAUCUCGCAGUUUUCCAGACCCAGACAUUUUUGCAGUUGAUACAAGGUCAUUGAGGACAAGUGGGGCGCGGGAAGACCCGCGACGUCGGGACAGGUACCGAAACAACCCCCGGCCCAUAUGAAUUGCCAAAAUGUCUGGGUCUGGAAGGAUGCAAGGUCUGUCAUGCUUGUCUGGCAUAUACUGAAAAGUCUGUGAUGCGUGUCCAAGAAGAGACCCUUUUGCUUGUCAUACAAAAACGCAGCUUGUCAUGCGGAAAGCUCAACACUAUCACUAAGCCCCGCAGACAUUUCUCAUGCUUGGCUGUGCAUUACAGACGAGCACUCACUAACACUAUUCACAUUUCAGCAUUACAAGUUUCCAGACCGAGACAUAUUUGCAUUUGAUAGCCCAAGUAAAGAUGGAAAAGUUUGUUGCCCCGACCAAGACGAAGACGUCGGGAGGAAAAGGUAUGGAGAAGACGAAGGGCGGCGGCUUCUUCUCCGGCCUGGCAUAUCAAAAUGAAAAAUCUCCCCUCCCCACAUCAAAACGAAACUUCUGCUGCUGGAUUUGCGUACACAGAUCAGAUUUGUCUUGCAGUAGAGGACUGCAGGCCCAUAUCAUGCCAAUGCAGAGACGAGGUCUGCCCAGGCACUUGGCACGAGGAACGUCUAUGCUGUAGGCCCAACAGCAUUACAAACCGCCUGCACAAUGGGGCGGAGCCUAUGCCGUUGCUUUCUUGCAAGACAGACGCGAUUUGUGGUCACAAAUCAGCAUCGCAAAUCCUCUGCGGCGUGCCUUUUCGAUAUGGGCAGGGGGGAUUUUUCCUUACGAUAUGGCAUCACGGUUGACCGGCAGCACCGCGAGGGCCGCCAAGAACGGGGCCGCAGCAGCCUCGUACUCUAGUUUCCUGCAGAGGCAGCAGAACCGGAGGAAGCUGGUCGAGAUCAUGAGGCAAGGCAACUACGCGAAGCAGGGCCAGGGGGAAGAACUGGGUGAAGAAGUUAGUGACAACCGGAGAGGGAGAAAGAAGAAGAAAGGAAGUCGAAAACCACGCAGGAGGAGGGAGGACCACUAUGGAAGUGUCAGUCGGGAAGUCGGCAAGAUGAAGAUAAGUAGCUACCUUUUGUACAACUACAUCAAACAAAAAGGUAUAUGAUUUGCAAUGUGACGAGUGUCAAUGUGCAUCAGACACGAGAAUUCGGAUGAUGCGACCAGUUGGACUCGCUGCUUUAUUUUCCAGCCGGCCCAAGGGCAACAAAUAUCAAUAUGCGGCUCGAGGGUUUGUAGCUCAGUUUAUUUGUCACGCUGUGUGCAGCUGUGGCUGUCCAGGAGAUGAAGGAGGGCCUCAGUCAUGCUCCACGACCGCAUCGCAUUUGCUAUUAAGCCACUGCAUGGCACAAUAGGUGGGAGGCAUUGGUCAGCACAUUUCAUGCACUACUUGUGCGAGAAAUUAAGAAUUGUAUGUUGUUUUAUUGUUUUGUCAAUAGCCCAAGGCCAAGCCCGAAGACACAAGCAUAACAAGGACGAGUGGGUAUCGAAAGAAAAAACUUUGUCGCAGUCUCUGUUUUGCAGGCAUUGCAUGGAGAAUUUUUCUGGCGUCGCAUUUUUUGCCUUGCUUGUUUUUUUGCAGAAACAGAGAAAUAUAGAGAAAUCGUGUAUAAGAAAGUUUGACAUUGACAAUGAUACGCUUUUGUCAUCGUAACAGAAUUGCUGCGAAGGUCCUCAAGAGUAGUGUUGUGACGGUGUUUUUUUUUUGAUAUUGAGAUAGAAUGGACCCAUCCGACGAGGACGACUUUAUCCUGUGUAGAAAUGUCCCUCCCUCCCGCCCAUGGUCGAAGCGACACUUUUUCUACACAAGCGAAGAAGUAAGUAGGUGUGAGGGCUGUUGCGUGACAUUAGCACAACCUUGGGUCUCUAUUGCAUGCAGUAGACGUGUUUUCCUGAUCCGGCCGCAUUGAAAACCGAUCGAGACCCGCAGGGCAACGGAUCGUGUACCUGGUAAAAAUUACCACCAGUUAUCACCAGUUGCCCAGCACGUCCUGAGGCGGUCGCAAAGCCAACCGCAGGACGAGGGGGCUCCGUGUCGAUGAUGCUGGUCCCGGUGAUUAGUCACCAAUUGACAACUCCGAGACGACGUCAUUGCCGCCAGAAAACGCUUCUCAGAGCGGAUCUGCGUAUGAAAAUGCGAAAAAUUUUGGGCAUGCAGAUUUUCAUGGCAAAUCAUUAUGCAGGGACGUUUUUACAUAGGAUAUGGAAUUACGGGAGGGGCGACUCGCAAAACUACGACGCGGCUGGUGCUGUGGUGCGGCAGGAUUUACAGAGUGGCAACAACGAGUGUUGCAACUGGGACUGCGGCUGCGACACCAUGUUCUUGGGACGGAAGUAUGCGAAAACCUCCUAUCCUGUGUAAAAACGUCCCCAGCCCAUAGUCAAGACGGGAAAUCUGCUAGACAAAUCCACAAGGCUUGGCUGUUGCGCAUGACAAGUCUGGCCUCGUAGUGUAGUCAGCUUUAGCUAGUUCGCCAGCGCCACAAAUCCGGCACAUCGCGCUGAUUGGAGCAUGACAAAUUCCGAAACACGACUAACGCAUGCUUUUCAUCAUGGGGCUCCGCAUGAGAAACAUCUUCCGCAUGCAGAAUGGCAUCACAACUAUGGGCUGGGGACGUUUUUGCAAGUGAUACCUCCAAGUACUGCUUCAUUUUUUUUGUCGCGGCCUUCAUCACGUUGUUCAUGUAUCCUGAGUAAAAACGUCCCCAUACCAGAGUCAACGUGGAAAAUCUGCUAGACAAAUCAGCCAACUUUGGUUGUCUCGCAUGACAAGUUUGUCCUCGUAGUGUAAUCCUGUUUAACUAGUUCAGCAGCAUCACAGAUCUAGCAUAUCAUGCUAUUUCUAGAGUCACAAAUCCCAAAACACGACUAGAAAAAGCUUCUCAUGGGGCUUCGCAUGAGAAACUUUUUUGGCAUGCAAAUUCGCAUUACAACUCUGGUGUGGGUACGUUUUUACUCAGGAUAUCAUGUUCUCCUUGAUCAUCUUUUUCGGUGGUGCCGACUUUUUCACUACUGUGAGGAAAAAUCCCCCCUCCCCAUACUGAAAGCGCAUGCUUCCAAAAAUUGGUGAUGCCGAUUUGUGAUCACAAAUCUUGCAAGAGGGCAAAUCCAGAGAAUCCGCCGCAUUAUGCAGGCGAUUCGUAAUGCUGUUGCGCCUACAUGGCAAGCCUCUGCUAUGCUAAGCACCUACUUACGCCACGACCACAUCCUUACGCAGGCUGAGGCUCUGCCUGCAGUGCCUCACUGCAAGACAGAGCUGAUUCGUGUACACAAAUCCAGCAGUAGAAGUGUCCGCUUCAAUAUGGAGAGAGGGGGUUGUUCGUUUUGAUACUCACCAAUUGCGACCUGUGGGUGUUGACCGAUAUUGGUGCGGGGCUUGCCAGCCACGGAGAAGGCGGUGGGGGAUGUUUGAGCCUCUUUCUCGCCGGGCUGGCGGCCUGCACGAUCUGCACAUGCUUGAACCCCCGCGAUGAGGGUUUUGAAGCCUGCGGGAGGUAUCGCGCAGAAAAAAGCAGGCAGGUAAUAUUUGUAGCGCGAGAAUAAAUACUUGAUUUUGCGUAUCAUGGGCAGCAUGCUAUGGGGCCGCCCAUGACAGAUCAUUUUUGGGCGUAUUUAUUUUUGCAUUACGUGACUCUGACUCAUACAAAUAAAUUACUUAAUAUGCCCUGCCUGCUUUUUUUUGUGGGAUAGGAGGAGAUGCGGCGGGUCCGCUGAAGGAAGUGAGGUGGAUGCAAUAUCGAUUGCAAAUGCGUCUGGGCCUGGAAAAUUAGUGCGCUUGCUUGGCAUGCAUGAUCUUUUGCCCGAUGAUCGUUGGUCUAUCAUUUUCAGUAUCUUCACGCAGAUAGGACAGUAGUCCUUUGGAAUGCAUGCAGUAGAUCCAACAUGAGCAUUUAGCAGUUUUGCGAAGGGGCUGCCUCCGCCGGGUUAUUAUUCCGCAUGAAAAGUGCGUCCAUCGCUCAGCAAAAUGAUGCGGGAUCAUUAUUCUGAAGGUCUUUUCAACAACGAUAUAGAUACGAUUGUGGUUGUGCAAAACUUAUUCUUGACCGAGCAUCGUCAUCCUUUCCAGAUUCAUUCACAUUUGCAUUGGAAACGCGGUCGAUACGUGCAAGGCAAAAACGUGCGGUUGUGGACCAUGCAACUGCUACCUGUUGUGUUGUUGCGGAAUUUGCCGGAAUAUUUUGAUGGGUCGGGAGUGGAAUAAUAUUAAGGGCGAAGGGUCCGUCAGGUAUAACCAGCAGGAGAAAGCAGUCUCUGUCCAUGAGCACGUCUUGCAAACUAAGCAAGGGCAGAAGAUGGCGGAAGCGGCCAAGGAAGCCGUGCAUCGAGAACACGACGAGUAGGUCGAGUGAUGAAACCAACGUAAGUAGUGGAUUUUGUCUUGUUGGAUAAAUAUCGAAACACAAGGAAACAACAAACAGAAUUUGAACCAGAAUCUAUUUUGUCUCGGGAAGUACGUAGAUACUUCUUCUAAGUAAUAAAAAAUGGCGCAAAUAGAUAACGGAAUCAAUGGCGUACGUAGUUGCGUCAUGCUCCUGCAUAGAAUGAUCCAAAUCCAGCGACUUUUUCGUCGCGAAUUAUUUUUCGCCACGACCUCAAGGUACUUACUAUAAACAGCACGAAACAAAAUUUAGAAAUAUAUACGGCAGAAGAUAGAUUCAUAUAGGAACAAGAAUUCGGACCGACUCAGCCACUCUAGCCAAGCUACUGCGUUCACUUUACCUUUUCUCAGCAAGGUCUCGAUGGAUGUUUACCAAAUAAAAAAGAAACUCAACCAGUAGAGGAAUAGCUCAAGCAGUAGACGAAUUUAUUACAGUUUUGAUGACUUCCAACAGCACCGCGAAGUGGUCGUAAGGAUGCUUAAUUUUUAUCCCUUAAUAUAUCGUGUAACGUCUUCCGCGACCGAGCUAGUGGAUGUGGAAGAUCGGGAACAGUUUUGUUUAUUGUUGAAAAAAUAAUGGUGAAGAUAACAAUUACAAUAGCGCGCAGCAGCAAAUAAGUAUCGCUGUCCACUAGAAGAUGAUUAUCAUUUCAGCUACCUCCUGUCCAUGUUGAUGUAAGUAGUUUUUUUUUAUCUUUUCACAUCUUCAAGUGGUAGUGUGUCCUCUGUUUUUCAUUUGCGGUGUUUUUCUUUUUCCCUCUAUGCUAAAAAUUUACUUCAAUUGCUUUUUUGGAACCUCAUGCUGACAAGAAAAGAUCACAUUAUACAAUGGCCCUUAAGCUGUUGAACCUCGGCUCUUGUAAGAGCUGGUAAUGAAGACCGAUAAGAAAAUGAAAUAUAUCUGUUUUGGUUUGAUACAAGAUGACGAAUGUUAAAUGAAAUGUAUCUAUGAACAGUACAAACUGUCGUAUGUGGAUGGAAACGGUGCACUACGACCGUCUAGGAGCCGCG